AUGGUGCAGAGCUCGAGGCCUUCUGCCAAGAGACCUCGAGUACAAAGUUUAGAUGAUUCUUUCGAAGAUCCUCCAGCUGGAAAUGCAGGUGGAGGCGGGUAUGAAAGUUUUGAUGAAGACUGUUGUCCUACUCAACCCGUAGCUGCGUCUCAAUCUUACCAACAACAGCAUUCUCAAAUGUUUUAUGCUCAAUCCCAAUAUCAAUCGCAACUUGCUGAUGUGGGUCAAGUGAUAAUGCUAAAGAAACAGAAAGAAAAUGCUCAAAAUGCAUUAAUGCGGUUGGAGAAGGAGAAAGCGGCUCGGGAAUACGAAUUCAAUAAGCAAAAACGAGAGCUAGAAGAGAGAAAAAACACAGAAAUAAAAGGGUUACGAGAAGAACUCGGAUCUUUGAAAAGAGAAUAUGCUAUGUUAAGUUUUCGGCAACCUUCUAACAAUCUGGAUAUUUCCACGGACUCUUCUCUUAACACAACCAACUCUGUACUACCCACAAAGAAGGUGGACCUCAACAGACCAACAACUUUUCAAAACCGUUGGACAACCAUGAAUAGCACUAAACCGGUAGCAAACCAUUCCAUUUUUAAACAUCCUAACUGUAAUCCUAAUGAAAGUUUUACUCCUCUAUCAACUCAGACCUCUACAAAAACUUCCGUAGCACAAACCUAUGAUUCUCUACCGAAGAUUUUCAACUUCCCAGAAAAAGAGAUGGCUUCGAAAAGUUGCCAGGUGGACAAAACUGAGCGAGACUAUGAAAUACAGUUAUCGAAACGAGAAGCCAUACUCGAACAGAUAAUCGAAACGUCGCUGAACCUGCCAUCUGAAAAGUUUAACAACGACGAUUUCUUGGACUUCUGCUCAAAAAUCCGAGGAGAAGUAGCUGAGAAUUUUCUCGAAUUCCUACCGCACGAUGAAUCUAAUAAUCAAGGAGCUAAGAGGUUUUAG